CCAGUAUUAUCGUUCCGUGCAGCAACAAAUCUCUUUUGGUCGUUUUUUCUUCACAGUAUUAUCACAACGAGUCGGACUGAAAUAAGCGGCGCUCUUUCUCUUUCCGUGUUGAGGAGCAGCGACAGGAAGGCAGCCGUGAAAACAUGCAGGAUCCAAAUGAAGACACGGAGUGGAACGACAUUCUCAGGAAGAAGGGAAUCCUUCCUCCUAAAGAGACCCCGAAGGAGGACGAGGAAGAGGAGCAGAUCAUUCAGCAGCAGUCCGUUGUAAAAACCUACGAGAGUAUGACGCUGGAGGAGCUGGAGGAGAACGAGGAUGAGUUCAGCGAGGAGGACGAGAUCGCCAUCGAGAUGUACAGGCAGAAACGACUCGCUGAGUGGAAAGCAAAGCAGGUGAAGAACGUAUUCGGCGAAGUGAAGGAGAUUUCGGGGCAAGACUACGUUCAGGAAGUGAACAAGGCCGGAGAGGGCAUCUGGGUGGUGCUUCACCUCUACAAACAAGGCAUCCCCUUGUGCACGCUGAUCAAUCAGCACUUGUCCUCGUUGGCACGGAAGUUUCCAGACACUAAGUUCCUGAAGUCGAUCUCCACGACGUGCAUCGCUAAUUAUCCGGACAGAAACCUGCCCACCAUCUUCGUUUAUCACGAAGGAGAGAUGAAGGCGCAGUUCAUCGGGCCGCUCGUGUUCGGAGGAAUGAACCUCAAGUGCGAUGAGCUGGAAUGGCGUUUGUCCGAAUCCGGCGCGGUGAAAACGGAUUUGGAGGAAAAUCCGAGGAAACAGAUCCAGGACCAGCUGAUUUCAUCCAUCCGCUGCUCAGCGCCGAACCGCAAAGACAGCGACGAAUCUGACGACGACUGAUUCCGUGCAAUUAUUAUUAUUUUUUUCAGGUUCGGACGGUUAAAACGUCAAAGUCCGCAUUCCAAUACUGUUUUUAACACACCUGUGCUGACUUCCCAUUCACAACUCCAAAGUGCACAUCCUCUACAUCAUGAGUGUGUGUGUGUGCACUUUCAGCCCACACAGAGGCAUGUGUGUGUAGCGGCGUGUAAACUGUCCUCAACUCGGUCUAACUCGUCUCUUUUAUAAUGAACUGUGUGCGCAUUAAAACCAGGACUGGAACACGUGGCUGAUUAGUUUUCUAACCUGUUCAUCAUAAUAAAGAGAGCUGCUCCCUCUA